AUGAAAUCAGGUUUUGUUUAAUAAAUUUAUAGGAAGAUAAUUAAACAAAUACUUAAAUGCAUGAAUCUAAUAGAGUAAAAUAAAUAAAAAUUAAGAUAAUAUUGGACAAGUAUUUUUAAUAAGAAAAUUUUAAUUGAAUUAACAGUCAUUUCAUCACAACCUUAAAUAUUAAUAGAGAUUAUCAAAUAUGUUAUUUUAUUGAUGAAUCCUAUUGAUAAAUUGAGCGAGGAUAAUUAUUUUUAAUGA